CUCAAUACACAUGAAGUUUGUUGCCUUGAGAGCGCUUGUUCGUCUUCUCGAUCUUCAGCUUUGUGAGCAUACAUAUCGCAACAAUGCCUGAGAUUGGAGAAGUGGCACGCAUGGUGCAUUACCUGCGGAAGCACCUGGUCAAUCGCACGAUCGCAUCAUGUCAAGGCUUCGAGGACACAAUAGUAUACGGCAAGAAGGGAGGCACGGAUGCAGAGACCUUUGCGAAAGCGUUGACAGGCAAGAAGGUCACUGGAGCUGGACAACAAGGCAAAUACUUCUAUGUAACCUUCGACAAGCCGCCACAUUCGGUCAUGCACUUGGGAAUGACGGGUUGGAUCAAGUGUUCCACUGAAGAGACCGCGUACUACAAGCAAGCGAAGGAGGAUAACAAGAAGCCUGAGAGCUGGCCGCCAGAAGAGAAGUGGACGAAAUGGUUGAUCAAGUGUGAUGCAGAGGGUGAUCGAGAGGCUGUCGAACUCGCGUUUGUGGACGCAAGGCGAUUAGGCAGAAUUGGUCUUGUCGAUUGCAAAGCAGAGGACAUUCGGAAGCACAGCCCAUUGAAGGAGAAUGGACCAGAUCCAUUCAUCGACAAGGAUAUUGUCACGGUCGACUGGUUGACAAAGCUACUCAACAAGAAGAAAGUCCCCGUCAAGGCUCUCCUGCUCGAUCAAGCCAACAUCAGUGGCAUUGGCAAUUGGGUCGCCGACGAGAUCAUGUACCAAGCGAAGCUACAUCCGGAGCAGUACAGCAACACCUUCGACCAGGCACAGAUCAAGCGACUACAUGACGCUAUGAUUUCCGUGGUCUCGACAGCUUGCGAGACACUUGCAGACAGCUCCCAAUUCCCAGAGACAUGGCUGAUGAAGUAUCGAUGGGACAAGGGGAAGAAAGGCGAUGUCAACAAGCUACCUAGCGGUGAGAAGAUCGAACACAUUACUGUAGGAGGCAGAACUUCCGCAUUCGUUCCGUCUGUCCAGAAGAAGACUGCGGCAGUCGCCGGUGACGUUGAUACUUCAAAGGGAGACGCAAAGACAGAGAAGAAAACGCCAAAAGCUGCUAAGCGUAAGGCCAAGGCUGAUGAGGAGGAUAACGAGGAGGAGGAAGUCUUGCCAGCCAAGAAGCAGCGUGGCAAGAAGGUCAAAGUAGAGACAACUGAAGAUGCUGACGACGAAGAUGCUGAAAGCGAGGUUGAGGAACUCAAGACCAAAAAGGCAAAGACCACACCCAAGAAAUCGACGAAGGAAGCGAAACCUGUGCUGCCCGGCGAACGACAGUCUUCCCGCAAUAAAGUGAAGGACGAAUCAGAGGCUGCAAAAGGCAAGAAAACUAAGGCAGCACCGAAGAAAGAGGCCAAACCAGCGACGCCUGGAGAGCGCAAAUCAACGCGUGGCAAGAAGUGACCGCCGUUCUUUCCAUCACUCGUUCGUGCAACUGCUUUCUCAUUAGCGAUGACAGAGAUACCAUGAUAGUUUUGCUUGGAGUUGUACAGAUUGAACAAUAUUACAAUUAGCAAGGCCACACAGAUGAGAUCUUCUUCAGAUCGGAUCUCAAAAUCCAAGC